UUAAAGCGCCGUUGAUCGUCCGUCGUCGUCGUCGCGUUGUGCUAUCCAAGUCACACCGUGUGGUUCUAGGCUGUCUGUGCUGUUAUUCCGGUUUCCACGUGUGUGUAUGCGUGCAUUUGUGGGUGUGUGCGCACUGUCCCACACAGUUUCCCUGGCAGGGAACUCCUCGUCGUCGAGCUCGUUGUCGCGCCUUUCGCCGAAGUAUUCGAAUCGUUGCAUUAUUUGAAGAUUGCGGUGCAUAAGAGUUCAUUGGCGGUCCCUCGGGAUUUGGAUGCAAUCAGAUAGCACUGUGAGCCGCAGUUGUCGUCGUCGUCGUCGUCGUCAUUGGUCGCCGAGACUUGUGUGUGACUUCGGAUUGAUGCGUUCGCUAAUUAGCUAAUUAAUUCUGGUCUACUGUUGAGCUGGGUAGUUCGCGUUCGCGCCGGUCGUUGAGAUAAUCCGACCUUAUUCUACGUAGCGUGUGUAUGUGCUGAAUUUGUAAUUAAUUGUCUAGUCGCGGGGAACCUGAGCAAGGCAGAAAAAGGUGCAGCAGCAGCAGUGUCGUCGAUAAUCCUCCCAACUGCAAGAGAGCUUUACGGUGCAGUGAUAUAUUGUGCGGUGUGUGGUUCGUUCGGAAUCUGUUGAACCCCACGCGUAAACGACUACGUCAACUGCUCCCAUUUAAGGCGUGAGCAAGUAUUACUCACAUAUAGUGCUGUCGUGCUGCCGUUCAAUCUGUACGGCCCGUUUGUAAGCACAGGAAAAUUUGCAUGAAUAACUGAGUGCUGCUAAUCAGAACCAAUCUCGGGUGUCACCGUGUUCAAUGUUGAGUGUCUAUUCGUGUUGCUCCGUAGUGCUGCAAAGUAGAGUAUCGUGUUCAACGUGUGCGAGUCGUUCCGUAAAUUGAUCCAAUCUAUGCUGUAUCGUAUCAUAACGUCAGUGCUUCAUUAUAGCUUCACAAGUAGCUCCAGCUGUCGUAAUUUACAUGCUGUUAACCCAUGUUACGUGAUCAAAUGCUAGGCAUGGAAGAGACAGUUCUGCAAUAGUGAUGAAACAGAGAAGCUGAUCUAAUAAUAAUCUCCAGUUACAUCAAGUUGUUCAAACAACUGUAACCCCAGAAGAUUGAAAAGACAAUAUCGAUCGAAACCUUUGACCACAUCUGUUUAACUUCCCAGUUUUUUUUUGCUGCGGAAUCCAACACAGUGCUACGAAGAAGCCGCGUGAAAGAUUAUCAAAACAAAUCACUACCGGAUCGACCUUUCGCCGCUGCUGGCUCCCAGUGUGAGUGGCUUCCUAAAACCCCCGAAGAGUAAUGGUGUUUAAAAAUUAAUCCCAGCAAAAGUGAUAAAGAUUUAUCCUCCUCCACGCCGGAGUCACCGUCUUUGGACCGCGUUUGCGUUCGAAAUACAGAAGAAAAGCGAGCUUCGUAGUGUUCAGAACCGUGUCAGUGUGGUAAUAGCACCAUUCUCCUGAAUAACGAGCCAGUGAAAGUUUGUUGAAGAAGAUAUCCCGCGGCGCUACUCCGAGUGAAAAGAGAACCUUAAGAUUGAAGAAUUAAUUAUUAAUUGACGUGAAGAAGCCUCCCGAAAUUUCGGUUGUUGGUGGUGUGUGCACAGCUGGUUCAGUGUCAGUCCCAAUUCUCUGAAAAAAUAACAACGAAAAACGAAGAAGCAAAACUUCGAACAACCCCGGCUGGAACAACUGGUGGCAAGCCGAAGUGUAGAGAGUGUGGUAACAACAACACCCGUCGACUGCCUGACUGGUUUUGUUGUUGAUUUUCUUGGCCUUACCCCGUCCUGCCGGAGGUGAGGUGUCGAUUGCGGGCAACGCGGGAACGCGUUUUAAUCGAUCAGGAUUGAGCCUCCCAUGUACAUCAAGAAGGAGUCGAAGAAGGAAGGAGUAACAAUGCGUGAGAAGAAAGGAGGUGCCCUUCAGAAGCUAAAAAAGCGGUUAUCGCACAGCUUUGGUCGAUUAUCGAUAUCACGGGAAGAGAACGACGACAGCACACAGCACAACAACCACCACCAUCCCCACCACCUGCACCAUCACCACGGUCAUGGUCACAAUCGUGGCAGCAAAGUGCCCUUCAAUGGAUACACAUCCGAGGAGUAUCUGGACCGCUUGGAACCAAAUGGAAACAUUCCCGUCGACAAAACCUACAACAAACAUUGGAACCGAGUGGGUGAUCACGAGCGGGUGCACCGGCAGCUGUCCGUGUCGUCCGAUAGUAAACUCCUGGACGAAGACAUUCGGGAGGAAACACGUGUGAUAAUGCGACCGAAGAAACCGCCCCGGCCCAAGUCCGAGGUGUUCCUGAACAAACACGACCUGCACCCGCGGCGGAAACGGUUUAGCGCGUUUGGGGGUGACUCCCCUUUCGGCAAAUCGGAAGCUUACAUCAAAUUAGAACAACUUGGAGAAGGGUCUUAUGCAACGGUAUUUAAGGGUUAUAGCAAUCUAACGAAUCAGGUAGUGGCGCUGAAGGAAAUCCGGUUACAGGAAGAGGAAGGUGCACCAUUCACGGCGAUCCGGGAGGCGUCCCUGCUGAAAGAACUGAAACAUUCGAACAUUGUGACACUGCACGAUAUCGUACACACGCGGGAAACGCUGACGUUUGUGUUUGAGUUUGUGAAUACCGACCUCUCGCAGUACAUGGAACGGCAUCCGGGUGGGCUGGACCAUCGGAACGUGCGGUUGUUUCUGUUUCAGCUGCUACGAGGGCUAUCCUAUUGCCAUAAGCGACGAGUCCUGCAUCGGGACGUGAAACCUCAGAACCUGCUCAUCAGCGAGAUGGGCGAACUGAAGCUGGCCGACUUUGGGCUGGCCCGUGCCAAGAGUGUUCCCAGUCAUACCUACUCGCACGAGGUGGUCACGCUGUGGUAUCGACCUCCAGACGUACUACUAGGGAGUACCGAGUAUUCAACCUCGCUCGACAUGUGGGGUGUCGGGUGCAUUUUCGUGGAAAUGAUCACGGGCAUGCCAACGUUCCCCGGCAUCCGGGACACGUACGACCAGCUGGACAAGAUCUUCAAAAUCCUCGGAACGCCCACGGAGGAAACGUGGCCGGGCGUAACGCAUUUACCGGGCUAUAAGCUGCAUAUGUUAGGUUUCUUCAAGUCCCGCAAGCUAGGUUUAAGUUUUCCCCGCCUGUACGAUAUUAUCGAGGGUGAAAUGAUGGCUAGUGCUUUCCUACAGCUGAAUCCAGACAAUCGGAUAAGCGCCGACGAGGCGCUACGACAUCCGUACUUUGCUCCGUUGCCAAAAAAGUUAUACGAACUGCCGGAUGAAACGUCCAUCUUCACGGUGGAAGGUGUGUACCUGCAUCCGGAGCCCAACCGCCACCAUCAACACCAUAAAUGAGAGUUAAGACAAAGUAAAACCCUAGAUGCAAUACGUUAUUAUUGUUAGUAGUGAAUGCACGUGCACAAUGUGCCACCCCCCGUUCUGCGUUCUGUGAUCAUGAAACAUAAAAACAAAAAUGUGUGUAAGAGUAACUGUAGGAAAGAAAGAGAGAGAGCGAAAUGCCGCGAUGACGCGCGACUUGCCGCGCAACGGAUUCAACGUUCUUUGUGGUAAAUGCGUUACGCAAUUGUUACAAAGUUGUUGAAUUAAGUUUAUAAAACCUAAUGAAAACGGAAAUACCGAGUAUUGCCACUAGAGACACAUUUUUUUUUGUACGGAUGGCUCUAGUGAGAAUGAGACACGACAAACGAAACGAUGAGCAACAAUUUGUGGAUUAGGAGAUAAUUACACACUCUGAAACUAGGCAAAAUGAGGACCAGCAUUCGGCGCAACGAGUGGAGUAAUCUUACCAAUGCUACACUGAUAAAGGGACAUCAACAUGUGCUGCUGUCCAGUCCAGGCAGAACAUGCUAUAUCAAGUUAACUAGCUAAUCAGUAAUUAACCACCUAACUAAAAGGAAGAGAUCUACACUUUCAGCAACCGAGUAGAGUGGAGUUGUUGAAUCUAGGGAAAUAAUAACCUCCAAAGGUAGACAAAAUGGAGCUUGUCCACUCACCCGCAUUUCGAUUGCGAUUUUAACUAGAUAUCGAUCAUCAUCAAACAAAAAAGCAUACAUCAAAAUCAUCAUCAGUAGCUGCGCAAUCCUAGGAAUUUCAUUCAUUUCAAUUUUUUUAAAGCAAUCUUUUUUAGAUUAACAUAAUUAACGCAAAGAAAAUGUAUUACUAGGUUGGAUUAUCCUUUUUUGUAUCAUUUCUGCAUCCAACUGUCCCAAAUGUUUUAGUUAUAGUUAUGUUUUAAAUUUCAUCUUUGAAUUAUGUUCACUAGGGGAAAAUGUAUUAAUUCAUUAAUGAAAAAAAAAAAUGUUUCACUGUGAAAUGUGAACGAAUAAGACACACACAUAAGCGCGCAGGUUCAGUUCCUGCCGUGGUUGAGAUCUCACCCGGAACACGGUGGAGACACUUUGUGGAAUACAAAAGAACGAAUGAACGAACGCGAGAAAGAGAGAAAAUUUUAGGAAAAAAAAGUGAUUUCAACAACAAAGAUAAGUAAAAAAACAAUCAAUUGAA